UUCUGAAAAUUCACACGUUCUCAACACAACCUUCAACAAAGCAGCGGGCGACACAGUUCGUCUUUGAAUUGGCAGUCUUCUCUGCCUUUCGGGUAGUCUUCGACACAACGGGGCCAACAUCAUUGACACCUCAUAAAACGUUAAAUUUGAGACACGAUGGGCCAGACAUCAUCCCGCUUACCCCACUUAACCGACGAUAUAAAUAUCGAGCACGCAUGGGACCCUGCUGAAACCCCUCCGUAUAUUGAGCUUUACAGACUCAAGAUGAGCAGAAAAGUAAAUUUCGUAGAACUUACCCUCGCCCUACAGCACAUGAAGCGGAAAUCGAUACCGAGUUUCCCCUUUGAUAUAUUCACGCGCCCCGUCAUUUUCCUUAAUGACGAGGAACGCGACAAAUUCUUGCCGGGAGAGAAAACUCGUGAAGAGGUACGUAAAUGGGCGGGAACUAUCAAAGAGUUGGUCGAAGCUGCAAAACACAUUGCGACUAAAGGUAGAGGUCUGCUCUUCUGCGUUCUCGAAAUGCCUGGACAAACAGAAGCUCUCGACCAUCAUGCAAACGGAACGGGAAAUGGGUAUGGGCACAUGUGGGCGGGCAUGCUGGUCAAAAAGUACGGCACUAAAGUCGAGGAGUGGUGCCUCAAUAUUCACUGCGUUAUCAAACCUGACCGAGAAUAUUAUCAAAAACAUCCAGCGGAGUAUUUGACCAUGAAUUCUCAUUUUUCUGGGAGGAAGAGGCUAUGGGCCGCGUUACACGAUGCUGGCAUGGCUGUCACGACUGUCAACCAAUCGGAUAUGCGGUUAACGGACGUUCGCGACACGUGCGUCAUCAACAGCAUGUUUUGGCUUCUAAAAGCUAGUCAGCUAAAGGGGGGUCGAUGGAUGGAGCAAGAUCCAAGGUUGCAGGAUUUGCAUCUGGUGCCGUUCAUCGGUGGUGACAAUCUUUACGGAAAGUACCAUUGAUCCGUUUGAUAUUCGUAGAUGGCACUUGAUCUCACCCUUCCCUGACUCAG